GCCUAAUAUCACAUCACACACCCAUCCACCGACUUUCCUAUGACUCUUUUCGGCAUGAACCCUUGUUUUCAAUGGCCUGCAGACAGUGACUCUGAUCCACUUGAAUACAUAUUAUCACACAGAAUCAAUAGCUGCGACUGCGAUGCAGCAUACGGCACUAUUCCUCUGGACGAAAUUAGCACUUUUCACCCAAUAAGGAUGACGAACCCCGGUGGCGGAUCGCCUCGAGCUGCGAGGCUGCUGACCUGCUUCCUCGUAUAAAACCCUCGAUCGCCUUCCACUGAAUCUGAUUCUUCAUGCGUCUUUUUUAGUCUCAGGAAGUGAACCAUACUUUUUUCCUGAAAAGAUGGAUCGAGACCCGCUUCGAGUAUUCAAGUCCAUGCACCUGUGGUGCUUGGGCAUGGUUGUUCUUUUCCAGACUGCCCUUUCAAGUACAUCACCUCUCCCAGUGUGUAUCCUCGGUGCUGGGCCAUCUGGUAUAACGACUGCAAAUGAGCUGGAGGCAGUCAACAGAAGCACAGUUAUCUUUGAGAAAGAAGACGUGAUUGGAGGGAAAGCACGGAACUAUUAUGAAGAUGGCUUCUUCUACCCCCUCGGACCCUUCCUCUUGUAUAACGGCACAUACACCGAGACACUCAAGCUGAUAGCCGAUCUUGGACUCAACUAUACCGCGAUGAUCGACGCAAAACAAUAUGUUUUUGAUUGGAAAACAGGCGCGACUGUACCGGGGCCUUCGCUGGAAAGUUCUAUUCCCGUCGAUGAGCUGGAACGAUAUACCAAGCAGUGGAAGAGUGAUUACGAGCCAUAUGCCAAUUCAUACGAGAAUCUGCCAGACGACCUGACCGUCAGCAUAGCUGAAUGGCUGUCCAAGAACAACUAUCCAGCCAUCCAAUCGUAUCUGACUCAAUUCCUUGCUGUCUUGGGAUAUGGCGAUGCUGAAACAAUUCCAGCCAUUUAUCCCCUUCAGCCCUUUAGUCCUGAAGUCUUUACCAGUGGUGAAUUCUUUCUGGAUUACCUCGAAUUGUUUCACCGAUAUUUCAAAAAGCUGAAGAGGACCCAACUUCAUCUCAGCAGCACAAUCGAACAAAUUGAUCGAUCCGAGAACAAUGUCACAAUCCACUACCACACCAAGGCCCAGGGCUCCUCUCAGACCCAAUCCUGCUCAGACCUCAUCAUCGCCUUUGCCCCCACAGCCAACGCUCUGAAAGACACCGGCAUUCAACUAACACCAAGCGAGUCCCAAGUCUUCUCCGCCGUCGAAGUCGACAACUAUUUCUCCGGUGUUUUUAGCCUCGACAUUCCACCCACAGAUAAACUCCAAGUCGCCUCUGCGUCACCGAAAAUUGCCCCCGAAGGCGCAGGCGAGCCGCUCUCCAUAGACGCCCUCUACAAUGAGACCAACAUCUUCCUAACCUGGGCAUGGGCUACUGGUGACCAGACACCCGACGAGGUGAAGAGUACUGUUAUUGAAUCCUUGGGAAAGAUCAACAAGGACCCGAGUGAUAUAACAGCAAAGUCAACGCCACUUGCUGAAGAUGAUGUCAAGGAUUUCGAACAUUUUCCCAAUUACUUUCCGCAUUUCAACUCGACGGUUUUGAGGGAGGGGUGGUAUGAUAAGCUUGAGAAGCUUCAGGGGGAGAAGAGGACGUAUUAUAUCUCUGGGUUGAACAAGUUUGAGGCGGUUGAGUAUGUUGUAAGAGCCGCGAAGGAUUUGGUUAAGGGUCACUUUUAGCUUGCUUGACUUUUAUAUAUAAGCUCUAUGUGAUUAAAGAUUCCAUUCCACCAAUAUAAACAAGGAAAACAUACGACAGCAUGUUUAUUUUUGAUCACUAAAAUGGCUCCAUGAAUUGAUCUCUCAAACACCAGGGCUUCCCCUCUUGCAGGUCCUCCAGCCACUCUCCAAUAAGGCCAGACCCGAAGCCUGUAGGACAGCGAGCAACAGCAUUCUCAAAGUCAGCCUUUUGCGGAGCCUCUUUGAGUUGCUUCCAUUUUGGCCAUAGCUUCUCCAUCUCCGCAUCGUAGAUCUUGCGAAGCUGAGUCUGUUCCCACUCCAGCAGGUGAAUCCAAAAUAAUCCGUUUUUACCCUCAUUGUCAAGGCCCUCCUCGCGCGCUUCUUCCUCAUCCUCUUCGUCUCCGUCC